AUGCUCUCCAAGGGCAAGGUCAUGAGGCUCCUCUCCGUUCUCUACCGAGUCCAGGGUCAGAAGAGGCGGCGGAGCUUCCGUGGAGAGCUCUGCUAUCAAAAAAACGCCGUCACGACUGCUUCUGCCUCUCCUGGCAGAACAAAGAAGCACACUCCGGGUUAUACCAAUGCACAGCCGACGCCCCUUCGAAUGAAAUCUGUCGGACGAAAUCGCAGGGGCAUCCGACGGCUCGUGCCGGAGCGCCGUCGGUCUAGCCCUCAGAUCGGGGCGACGAAGACGGGGGCCGGACGAAUCACCGACGACUACCAGCGGCGCCAUAUCGAGGGUCGACGGCACGCGGACGGUUUCGGCUUUGAAAGUCGCCGGGCCAUCGACUCCACGCCCGGCCGUCCGGAGCCCGAGCUCCUUCGUCCCUCGAGGAUGCGAGAUACAUGGCGGAGGCAUGUCGCUCCGUUGGUUUUUCGCAGACUCAGUCGUCCGUGCUUGUUUGCUGAGUGUGAUCGGGAAGGGCGCCGGACUUUACUCCUCAAGGAAAUGAUCGAUGUGGCCACCAUACCCGACCUCCGCUGCGAGAGCUGUCAUCACUUCUCCCUGCCUUUUGAUUCGCUGCGGGUGCUGUUGACGAUCUGCAACGUGACCAGCCCUACCCUCCUCUACUUUGAAUUCUUGGUAAUUCGUCGACAUGGCUCUCGAUACGGUUUCAGUCCCGAAACCGUUGCUCUUCGUGGUGCUGGGACUCGCAACCUUUCUCGAUUUCGUGUCUUUCAUCUUCUCAUUUCUGAAUACAGGCGCUGGACUUUACUCCUCAAGGAAACGAUCGAUGUGGCCACCAUACCCGACCUCCGCUGCUUUCAGCCACCGCUGCGAGUGCUGUUGACGAUCUGCAACGUGAGGCCCAUGGAGCAGAAGUACCAGGCCGAAGGAGAGAGGGCGCUGGAGAAGUUCCUGUCCAACCUGGAGAGGAAGGACUGGAAACUGGAAAAGGAUUUUGGCCGAGAAGACAUCGUGGUCAAGUCCGCAUACGACCACGAGAAGAAAAUGCACUUCAUAUUGACCGAGGCCCAGCUGAAUUUCGACUGCGACUGGGUUUUCGCCGACAUGCAAGACCACACGUUCGAGGCCACUGCCAGCUGGUACUCCGAAGUCAAGGAGAUGAGGGUCGUUCAGAUAGCCAGACCGCAGGCCCAGCUGGCCCGCCAGGCGUCUAGACCGCAGGCCCAGCUGGCCCGCCAGGCGUCUAGACCGCAGGCCCAGCUGGAUUGCAUGCUGGUACACGGUCCUCGAGGAAGUCCUUUGGCCCGUCCCCAGCCACCAGCAUGUCGACUAACCGACCUCGAUCGAACUGGUGAACGACUGACGGAGACGAGCCGGAUCAUGCACUACGUGACGGAACCGAAGCUCGGCGGCCUGCUCGUCAGCCGGGACGUGGUCUACCUCUCGCACUGCCGCAGGGUCGGCGAGGCCUGGCACGUUUCCACGAGCAGCACGGUCUGCCUGGGGAUGGAGGAGAAGGGGAAGAUGGUCAGGGCGGAGUUAGCAAAGGGCAGCGGCCUGUCCUUCUCGCCUCAUCCGGAACACAACACGGAUCGGACCCUGCUGCGUUGGGUGACGUCCAUGAGCAUGAAGAUCCCGCUCGUCCCAUCCCCGAUCCUGCUGAAGCUCUACGUGGAGGCAUCCCAGCACUACGUCUUCAGCUUGCGGAAGUACCUGUCCUCCAGGUGGCAGCUCUCUCACUAGGGCUUGGACGGGGAUCCAAAACCACGGCUCUGUCUCCUUAAUCUGAGGUGUAACCGUCUUCGGUGGCGAAUUAUAGUCAUGUACGUGAAUUUAAUUUAAAAUCUCAAAUACCUAUGAAUGGCAAUCUCAUUCAUCGUUUGACGUGCAAAAAACCUCACAGAUGUAUCCUGCUGUU